AUGGACGACUCUCACUCUAGCCAUGGUAAUAACAACAAUCAUGCCACCUCUUCGCCCGGCCACCGUAACGGAAGCGGUGGAGGCGAGUCCGCUAUCCCUCGCCUCGAGGAUGAGCCCGAGCCUCCUGAUGGCAAUCUCGACUCACUACUUCCAGUCCCCGCUACUCAUACCAUCGAGCGAGCCCGCAGCGCCACGCUCGAGUCGACUCUAUCUUUGGCAGGGCCAGGCUUUCGGACCCGCUCGACGAGCUCCCUCUCGACCACUUCGGCUUCUCUGGUCGGGGGUCAAGGAGGAGUUGAUAGCCCAGCCAAAAAGCACGACGAUUCUGUCAUUCAUAAGGUCGUCCCUGUCACCGCUGUACAGCAGAAUCAAGUCGACAACCGUCGCGGAUCUGCCACCAACCCCCCCGCGACUGAUCUGCAUCAACCGCAUACAUUGACCGUGCCCGAGUGCCUCGAGAAAUUUUCAAAUAAUCAGGAGACUGGUCUCUCCAGGCAGGAGGCUGAAGCACGCCUGGCUCGUGAAGGACCCAACUCGAUCCGUGAGGCCGAGACGGUCAGUCUGUGGACGAUCCUGCUGAGGCAGAUCGCCAAUGCCCUCACUGUGAUCCUCCUUGCUGCAAUGGCCUUGUCCUUUGGCGUACGCGACUGGGUCGAAGGUGGCGUUGUCAGCGCCGUCAUCUUGGUCAAUGUUUCUAUUGGGUUCAUCCAAGAGUACAAGGCUGAGCGCGCCCUCGCCUCGCUUCGUUCCCUCUCGUCGCCCACCACCAAUGUUGUCCGCGAGGGGCAAGUCAGCGAGAUCAACGCACGCGAUCUUGUUGUCGGCGACGUUGUUCUCUUCAGCGUUGGAGACUUGCUUUCUGCCGACGUUCGCAUCGUCUCAUUAACCAAUCUCGAAAUUGACGAGGCGCCUCUCACGGGCGAGAGCGUGCCUGUGCUCAAGUCGCUUGACCCUAUCCAUGAUAUCAGUGGUACCAUCGCGCCUGCUGAUCGUAUCAACCUCGGCUUUGCCGGCACCACGGUCACCAAGGGCCGCGGCAAAGGCUUGGUUGUGGCGACGGCCAUGUCGACGCAAAUUGGUCUGAUUGCCGAAGCCAUGAACAAAGGAAAGCAAAAGCAACUUGUCGGUCCCGACGGAAUGCCGCUCAGCUUCGGACGUCGCUUGUGGGAGCCUUGUGCCAAGUUUCUCGGUCUUCGCGAUGGCACGCCGCUGCAACGGAAGCUGGCAAUGUUUGCAUUGAUCCUUUUCGGUCUUGCCAUCCUUUGUGCUUUGAUCGUGUUUUCUGUCGCAGAAUUCAGGUUGGAUGACGAUGUGGUGCUCUAUGCCAUCGCUCUCGGUAUUGGCGUCCUGCCUGAGAGUCUUGUGGCCGUUCUCACCAUCACCUUUUCUGUCGGUGCCAAGCGCAUGGCGCAGUCCAAUGUCGUCGUGCGCAAACUUGAUGCACUCGAGGCCCUUGGAGGAACGACGGACAUCUGCUCUGACAAGACCGGCACACUCACACAUGGCAAGAUGAUCGUCCGCAAGGUCUGGGUCCCCAAUAGCAGCGGCGGUGUGCAGCUCUAUGGAAUCGAGCAAGGUGGCUCUUCGGUCCUGGAGCCCGAGGGGCGCCUCUGGAUCGAAGAGCAAUUGAGCAUCGAUGCCGAACAACGUUUCAUCUCUAAAAGCGAGCUUCCACAGUCUGUCGACCUACUUGCAACAGCUUCAUCCUUGUGUAACAUUGCUGAGGUGUUCCAAAGCGAUGAUGGUAGCUGGGCUUCUCGCGGUGAUCCGACGGAGGUGGCAUUGCAAGUCUUUUCGCAAAAGCUCGGCUUCCAUCGUUCAACACUCCUCGAUGGACCUUUGGCGACGUACAAGCUGGAACAAGAGCACCCCUUCGACUCGCACAAAAAGCGCAUGACAAUGAUGUUCAGCCUAAACGAAACUGGCCAGGAAGAUAACAGGGUACUCUUCAUGAAGGGCGCUCCGGAGCGAGUUCUCGCUUGCUGCUCGACCUAUCGUCCACAUGGGUCAGAGCUGAACGAUCGACCCGCCACGUUCCUCGACCAAGCAGCUCAGGAGGCGAUCCUAGACAAAAUGGAGACACUGGCUUCUGCAGGUCUUCGGGUUCUUGCCUUCGCCCGCCGCAAGGUCGAUAUCAUCACCAUCAAGAAUGCCCGCUUAAACAAUCAGAAAGCAAGUUUCAAUGCAACGGACAGUACUUCUUCGAUACCAAGCAAAACCUUUGAUGAGAGCGUCGUCGAUGCGCGCCAGGAGUUGGCACCCGGGCAAAUGGCUCGCGAAGAAGCCGAGCAAGACUUUGAGUUCAUCGGCUUCUGUGGCCUUUACGAUCCUCCUCGCGCCGAGACUCUGGCAUCUGUUCGGGCCUGUCAAGAUGCUGGCAUCAUCGUUCACAUGCUCACGGGCGACCACAUCUCAACGGCUCGCGCUAUCGCUCGAGAGGUGGGCAUCGUCGAUGGCACUGAAGGGCGCCAGGCUGUCAUGGCAGCCACCGACUUUGACGCAAUGAGCGACCAGCAAAUCGAUGCUCUCGAGUACCUACCGCUCGUUGUGGCCCGUUGCUCCCCUUCGACCAAAGUCCGCAUGAUCGCAGCCGGCAAGCGUCGGGGCCGCUAUCUCGCAAUGACCGGCGAUGGAGUAAAUGACGCUCCCGCUCUGCGCCAGGCUCCCAUCGGUAUCGCCAUGGGCUCGGGCACGGAUGUGGCCAAGGACUCUGCUGAGCUCAUCUUGACCGACGAUCGGUUCGACAGCAUCGCUAAAGCCGUCAAGGAGGGAAGAACCGUGUUCAAAAACAUCCAACGCUUCAUGAUCGCGCUCCUCGUCCUCAAUGUCGCCGAGGUUCUCUUGCUCCUCAUCGGUCUGGCGCUUCGAGACGCAAAUGAAGAAAGUCUCUUUCCCAUUUCGCCUAUAGGCAUCCUCUUUUUGAAUCUCGUCGCUGGUCUUCCCGCCAUUGGGCUAGGCUUUGAGGGAGCUGAGCCCGAUGUCAUGGCACGACCUCCGCACGAUCUCCAGGCAGGAGUCUUGAGCCGACAGGUCGUCACCGACCUCCUCGUAUAUGGAACGACGAUGGGGUGGACGAGUCUCGUCGUCUUUCUCGUCAUGAUCUAUGGCUUGGGUCAAGGCGUCCUUGGCUCGGACUGCAACGAGCUUGGACUGGCGUGCAACGCCGUCUUUGAAGCGAGGUCCGCAACCUUCACGACACUCUUUCUCCAAGGUCUUUUCAUAACGUGGGAGCUCAUCAGCAUCGAGCACUCCUUUCUCACGAUCCGCCCGGUUCAGCGUCUGCGCCAGAACCCUUUCCUUCUCCUCAGCGUCCUGUUCGGCGUCGCCUGCAUUCCCAUCUGCGUCUACGUGCCGGUGUGGAACACCGAGGUUUUCAGGCAGGGCAACCUCGGCGGGCCAGGCUGGGGCAUUGCCAUCGCGGCCAAUGUCAUCUUCUUGGCAACAGUUGAGCUGUGGAAGUGGCUGGCGAGGCGCGGUGGUUCCAAGUGGCUAACAAGGAUCUCUGGCGGCGAGGUCAGCACUGCCGCCAGCAUUCCUGCGACGGAGAAGUCGCACGCUUAA